AUGGCAUUUCCGCCACAAUAUCGGGAGCCGCCUCCAACCCUCCCGAGCAUCAUAGCACCCGGGCCCGGCCACUAUCAUGCUCCCCACGACUCGAUGCGUUUCGGCAGGAGUCCGGCCAUUUCCAUACCUGGCCCCGAGCCUAAAGUCAACGCGCCCCCGCCCCUGCCCCCUCCACGAAACUUACCCGUUGGCGAUGCUCCGCAGCCGCCGCCAAACUCCAAGGACCACCGCCUGCGUACACACGCCUCUUCCCUUGCCAGCGGCUACGGCAGCAUGGGCUCCUCGUACGCAGACGACCGACCCCACUUCAAGAGGAGGGACACCGCAAACGGCGGCGACGAGGGCUACGCCAGCUAUGCUUCCACCGAGAGAUCUCGGGACUCGCUGCCCGCCGACAUAGGCCUGCACCACACCAAAUUUUACUUCCAGACUCCUGCCGACCUUCACGCCGACAGCAUCAAGCGGAAACUCGACCCCAUCCGCACCUUCGACAAGUCCCCGCCGCGCUCCCUGCUCACAUCCUCCAUCAGCGAUGUCUCCCGAAGACACCCCGACCCAUGCCUCCCGCCUGCCCUCAACGUGCCCGUCCAGCUUCCGAUACACAGCCGCCCGAUUCUUGAAUCCCCCGGCCGAAUGUCAGACGCCUCCAUCUAUUCCGCCGCAUCGCCCCUGUCUGCAGCUCCCUUCCACCACCACAGCCCCGCGGAUCAUCGCCUGCACCCCGAUGUGUUGGAUCUGGACCGCUCGCCCAGGGGGCGGACCAGGCGAAACAACAGCGACGACGCAACCUCGACGCAAGGAAGCUACGAGUUUACGGGGGCCGAGGACAUGGAGAUUGACGAGUCAUCCUCGAUGCGGCGGCUUCGAAUCGACGAUGCAUACGCAGCGGCGGGCCAGAAGCGAAGGGCCGCGAGCCCACCCGCCGAAGAUCACCUGCUGCAUUGCGUGACUGGCCAGAGCGAUGCCCUUCGCCGAAGGGACGUGACAACUCGCGGUUCUCCGACCGCUCGGCUCGCCGCCGUUUCUCAAGCGUCGCCUGCUUCGUCCGUGGCGCAGGCGCCGGCGUCGCGCUCCAGCUCCUACAUGUCCACCGUCUCAAUGGCCCCCACCAGCAUCACGCCAGCCAACUCGUACGGCCGCCGCUCGCCAGGCGGCGCCUCGCCAGGUGGCAUCUCCCCGACCUCGUGCAACUCCCCCUACCCGACGCCGGCCUCUUUGACACACAGCCCUAGGGCCUCUAUGUCAGGGAGGACCUCGACCCACGGCAGGGCGGCUACUGGCGCGAGCCCGAGGAAGUUGACGGAUGCGCAGAAGCCGGGCAGCUCGAAGCUCCAAGGUUUCUUCAUGUGCGAAUGCUGCCCGAAAAAGCCCAAAAAAUUUGAGAGUGCGGAAGAACUCCGCGCCCACGAAGCUGAGAAGCAGUACGAGUGUUAUUUCUGCGGCAACCGCUUCAAGAAUAAGAACGAAGCCGAGCGCCACCAAAACUCGCUCCACGUCCGCCGCCACUCGUGGUCGUGCUCGGCGCUCUCGGGCUAUGACCGCGCUUUCCACGACUCGGCGAACCGCCCCGGCGAGGCCGACACGUGCGGCUACUGCGGCGACGAGUUUUCCAGGCACGCCACGGAUCAUGACUGGGACGAGCGGAUCCGACAUCUGCAAGACGUGCACAAGUUCAGAGAGUGCAACGCGGCCAAGAAGUUUUACAGGGCAGACCACUUCCGCCAGCACCUGAAGCACAGCCACGCCGGGACGAGCGGCAAGUGGACUAACAUGCUGGAAAACGCAUGCAUGGUGGAGGAAGCUCCCUCGCCGAGAUGA